AUGUCUUACGAUCUAAAAAGUCUAUCUUUUGAGUCACUUGAGCCAGCACUUAUUUUUUACCAUAGGAUUGAGUUAAAACUGUGGACUGGUAAUGAAGAAAAGGAAGCUAACAAAUUUUAUAAUGCAAUCGAAUAUGCUUUGCAAGAUGAACUACUUGAAAACCAAAGAAAAGAAAAACUAUUACUUCUUAAAAAAACUCCUGAAAUCAGUGUUAUUCAAGAAUUUCAAAACAAUACCAUUCUUAAAUGGAUUAUCUCUGAAAGUUCUAUAGCCUCCUUGG